AUGGGAAUCGAGAGUGCAGCGGCAGAGCGAAAAGCGCGGAUUGCGGCCUUGCGCGCGCUUCGGCAGGCUGAAGAAGCUGGUGAUCAGGCGGCGAUCGACGCGAAUGCCUUCGGUCGGCAAGUGAAGCAGCACUUUCGCACGAGUAGACCGCCACCGGCAGGCAUGCUUGCGAGUGCGUCGGCACAGGCGCCGAUGACGCUGGAGCAGGAAGUCGACGGCAUGCAGGAGCAAGUGAUUCAGGAGGACACGAGGAAGCAGGCCGAGGAGCUGGACCUGACGAACAUUGCGCCGCGUCGUGCGAAUUGGGACCUACGGCGAGACUUGGAUGAGCGCUUGGCGCGGUUAGAGCCAAAGACGCAGGCGGCGAUCCAUACGCUGAUUGUGCAGCGGAUUCGAGCCAGUCGUGAUCGGGACGAAGAAGCUGCGAAUGUGCUGGUGAAUGAAUAG